CUACAAGGCGCCACUUGCACUACUUAAAAUGUGUUUUAUUUUGCCUCCUUUGGUUGUAUAGACACACUUAUCCUUUGGCUCAGCCUCUCUCUGUCCACUUGGAUAAGACCAUGGAACUCACUCAUACAAAUGGAGAGAAGCUUGAGGAGACACAAGAAAAUUCCUAGAAAGAAGUUCAACUUUUUUUCUUCCUCAGCAGAUGCUUAUCUAUGACACAGCAGUUUCCUCUUGGGCAACUUCAGCAUUGCAACUAAUUUGAGUAAGAAGUUCUUCUCCAUUUUGAGAUGUUGAGGUGUUGGCAGGGCAAGUGUGUGACUAGUCACAGGAAUUCCUAGCUGGUGGCUCUCCCCCAGGGUUUUGGAAUCCUACAUGGCUGCUGAUGGCAAUUUUCUUGUUCCCUUGCGUCAGAAGACAAAACAGAAAAGUCAAGGGAUUGUUAUUAUGAGUCGACGGAGGAUAUCGUGUAAGGACCUGGGACAAGUUGAUUACCAGGGAUGGCUCUAUAAGAAAAAAGAAAAAGGACAUUUCAUUGGCAACAAAUGGAAAAAGUUCUGGUUCAUGCUGAAGGGGUCUUCCUUAUACUGGUACAGCAGCCAGUUGGCAGAGAAAGCUGAAGGAUUCAUCAACCUGCCAGACUUCACUGUGGACCGAGCAAGUGAAUGCAAGAAAAAACAUGCUAUUAAGGUCAGCCACCCACAGAUCAAGACUUUUUAUUUUGCAGCAGAGAAUGUGGAGGAAAUGAAUAGGUGGCUAAAUAAACUGGGAUUAGCUGUAAUUCCCCAGGCAUCCAAUGGAAAGAAUGAGGAAGAAUGCUAUAGUGAAAGUGAACAUGAAGAUCCAGAAAUAACAGCAGAGACACCACCCCCUCCGUAUACAGCACAGCCGCAACCUCCUCAGUUGAUUCAUGCUGGUGAUCAUUCAAUGGCAGACUGUAGUGAAAUGGCAGAAAGCCGGCUUCUCAAAUCUAAUAAAGAAUCUCAGAACUCUUUAAGUAAAGACACAACUUCAUCGGACAGCAGCAGAGAUUGUCUAACUGUGCCAGAAGAUUUGAUAGGAACGAAGACACUAUCCAAAGAACAGGCAAAAUGCUCUGAAGAUGAAAUGGAACGACUUUACAAGUCAUUAGAGCAAGCAAGUUUGUCUCCCAUUGGGGACCGUCGACCUUCAACCAAAAAAGAGCUCAGAAAGUCCUUUGUCAAAAGGAGCAAAAAUCCCUCCAUUAAUGAGAAACUCCACCAAAUCCGAAUGCUGAAUAGCACAUUAAAGAGUAAAGAGCAUGACCUGGCCAUGAUUAACCAAUUGCUGGAGGAUCCUGAGUUGACAGCAAGGAAGUAUAGAGAAUGGAAGAACACAAACUCCAUAUUGGUGCAAGAUGUCUAUCAGCAGCAGGAUGCCCUGGCUGGGUCUGAAGGGAGUAGCAAGGAGCCAUAGAAGAACUCACCACCAUUCUUUAACUGAAAAUGUUAACUGAGGACAGUGGAACCUGCAGUAUGUUACAGGAUUCCUCUCUAACCCUCUUUGCCUACUGAUGCUUUAAGCUACUAAAGUUUAAGGUGUGGUUUUUGCAAGUGCAUAUGUCAUCCCUUUUAAAAGGAAAACAACCCAUUCUCCCAAACAUUUUUCCUCUCUCCAAACUCAUUUCAUGCCAAUAAAAUGGAACCCCAAAACUACAAAAGAUGCCCUUUCUGGGCACACAUCUGAGGCAAACAGUAUAUGAAGCAAAGAGGAAAUGGAUUUGCAUUCAAGAAUGGGUGAUCUUUCAUAAGAGAUAAAGUGAAUACAUAAAGACCUGAAAGUCUCCGAGGAAUGUACAUAUUGUAGAUACUAGACCUUUGGGGUCAUUUUGUUCAUGUAAGCUCUUGAUUGAAGGAUUUUUUUUAAAAGCUAUGAAACUCCUAACAGGAUACAAUCCUCUCUCCUACCACUUGUUUCUGCACGAUAACUACAGAUAAGAACUUUUAUCUCUACUUAUCCUUGUUUUGACUGCAUUACCAUUUUAAAUGGUGACAACUAAGAUAAUUAUUAUACAAAAAUCUGAACUUUAAAUAAUGUUCAAGGCACUCAGUCAAUGGACAGCAUAAAGAUUUCCUCAUUGUGUAUGGACAAGAUCAAGAUGCUGUUUUCCUACAUCAUCUAGAGAGGGUCCGUUAAUGUGUGUCGGUGACAAAUAAAUUUGUUCUGCAAUUUGGAAACUCUAUCUCAUCAAGUUUCAACUUUUCUUAUGGAGUAUAGGAUUCAGUAAAGGACAGUUUUCUGCUUAUAUUUUUGACAGUAAUGAAUGUGUGAAGAAUAAGAGUGUCCUGAAUUUUUAGACAUAACAAUAGCCCUUAUGCAGUGCUUUUAAGAAACAGAGCACAGUAUUCUUUAUAAAGAAGAUCAGUAUCAUUAUCCCCAUUGUACAGAUGGAGAAACAGAGGCACAGAAAAGCAGUGACUUGUCUGAUGACAUUCAGCAGGUAGUGACUGAGCUGGGCAGAUCCAAAAAUAUAAAACAUAGUUGUUUAUAUUUUUGUAAAUAUAUAUGUCACAUUAUGGCUUACAUAAAUGCCUGACCAAGUACUGUAUAUAAUUUUAUUUAUAUAUUUAUGUACUGUGCAUUUCCUACUGUAGAAAGGAUCACAUGUUAUAGAUGAGAUUGUUUAUCUGUUGAUUUCAAGAGAAAUGCCUGCUCAGUUUUCACACUCAAAUAUGAUUAAUAUAAAUUCAUAUUCAUAAAUUCCAAAGUUACAGACACAUCAAGUGUUGCAUUGUAAGCUUUAUUUUGACCACCUCACUUCUACCUUUUUGUUCUCGUUAUGAGAUUUGGUUGAAAAUUUCACUGCAUAUUCUAGGGUAAGAAAAUAUUUUUCUGUAAAAUUUCAUUACCUCAGGUGAUAUAGUUUCAUAACCCCAGGUGGUAUAAUUUUGA